AUGAAGUUCCUCGCCGGCCUCGCGGCACUCGCCUCGGUGGCAGUGGCCGCAGUGGUCCCCGCCGAGACCCGUGACCUCUCUAUCAUCGAGCGUGAGGCAAACCCAGCAACAGCAGACUCAGCUUGCAAGAAUGGCCCCCUUACCCGUGCCUGCUGGAGCGACGGAUACUCCAUCGCCACCGAUUUCGAUCAGAAGCACCCGACCACUGGCAAGACUGUCAGCUACAACCUCGAAAUCACUAACGGCACUUGCAAUCCAGAUGGGGGCGCCAGCCGAAUCUGCUUCCUCAUCAACGGACAAUAUCCCGGCCCUCUUAUCGAGGCCAACUGGGGUGACACUGUUGUCGUUACCGUCACCAACCACCUCCAAACCAAUGGCACUGCCAUGCAUUUCCACGGCGUUCGUCAAUUGGGCAGCUGCGGUGCAGACGGUGUCGGUGGUGUUACUCAGUGCCCAAUUGCUCCAGGCCAGAGCUACACUUACUCCUUCGUCGCUUCUCAGUUUGGUACCUCGUGGUAUCACUCCCACUUCUCCAACCAGUACGGUGACGGUGUCGUUGGCCCAAUGGUCUUCCACGGCCCAGCCUCUGCCAAUUACGACAUCGACCUCGGCGUUUACCAGCUCACGGAUUGGUACUACGAUACUGCCUAUCAGGUCGCCGCCAGGACUCUGAACAACCUGCAGAGCAAGAACGGCCCUCCAGCUGCUGACAACAUACUGAUCAACGGCACGAACAAGAACGCACAGGGAGGUGGAAAGUACAACUACGUUUCUGUGACCAAGGGCAAGAAGUACCUGCUCCGCUUGAUCAACAUCUCUGUCGACAACUACAUCAAGGUGUCGCUCGACAACCACCCGCUCCAGGUCAUCAGCUCUGACUACGUUCCAACCAAGCCAUUCUCCGCCCAGUGGUUGACCAUCGGUAUUGGCCAGCGAUACGACGUCAUCAUCAACGCCAACCAAACUGCUGCCAACUAUUGGUUCCGUGCUGAGGUCAACACCGCUUGCCAGAGCGCCAACAGCUGGUAUGGUCGUGCUGUCUGGUCUUACAACGGUGUUGCCACCGCCGACCCUGUCAGCUCUUCGUUCCCUGCCAUCUCCGACUGCACUGAGCCCACCAACAUCCUGCCAUACUGGGUGCAGCCAGUCCCAAGCGGCAACUUCCCACAGAUGGCCGAGACCUUGAACGUCAACCUCACUGGUGCUCAGGUCGUUCCAGGCGGUGACGUUGUCGUUGUUUGGUCCCUCAAUCAGACUACCUUGAACGUCAACUGGAGCAACCCAACCAUGUCAUACCUUUUCGACCAGAAUACAGAGUACCCCAGCAACCUCGGUCUCAUUGACACCGUCGCUGAGGGUGGAUGGAACUAUUGGCUCAUCCAGCAAUCUUCCGGCAUCCCUCCGAUUCCUCACCCUAUCCAUCUUCACGGUCACGAUUUUUUUGUCCUCGGUCAAGGCACUACCACUUUCACUGGCAGCGAGACCUUGAACUGGUCUAACCCACCUCGCCGUGACACUGCUACCGUCUACGGUGGCGGUUGGUUGGCCAUUGCCUUCCGAUCUGAUAACCCUGGCGCCUGGCUCAUGCAUUGCCACAUUGCAUGGCACAUUUCGGAAGGUCUCGGCAUGCAAUUCCUCGAGCAGCCAGACAAGAUCACGAUGCCGGAGAAGUCCGGCUACGACAACCUGUGCAGCGCGUGGAACAGCUACGCCGGUGGCAUGUACUGGCCCAAGGAUGAUUCUGGCUUGUAA